AUGGGAUCCAUUGCAUUAGUGCAGCAUGCCCAUUUACUUACCUUUAUACUCACAACCACUCUCUUCAUCAUCGAGCUGAUCUUGAUCAGCUGGGCCGAGGGAAGAGACUGGGCAGACAGCAUCAAGACAGGGUCUGCAAACACAAAGAUCUUCACAGACAACAAGUUCACAGGGAUAGAUGUUGGCUAUCCUGGAGGACUUCGGUUCGACCCACUUGGGUGGGGAACCGGUACUUCUCCUGAGAAGAUCAAGGUGUUGAGGACAAAAGAAAUCAAGAAUAGGUGGUUGGCAAUGUUGGAUGUGAACCUGGUCACGCCACUUUUUUUGCUGCUUUCACCCACUCAAGUGAGGAAGAUUGCUGUAUAUGACUGCAAACGUGAGACGGACAAUUACGAGUAAUCGAUUUUUACUCAAGUAGUUGGUUUAAAAGAUGUGUGCAUUUUCAGUAGUGUUUGUAUCAGUGGAACUUGUGUUAUGUUUGAUCAUGUCUUCCAACAGAA